UAUUUUCUUUUGAUUCUCCUCCCCAUCCCUCUGGGAGCAGAGGGAUUAAGAAGUAGGGAGAGUGAGCAAACGGCUACAUGGUUCUGAGUUACCGGCUGGACUUAAACCACGACACUUUGAUAUGGCUCAGAGUAUUUUCUGAAGAAGUUCUGCAAUGCUGAGGAUUCAAACAUUUGAUCACAUGCAGCAGCACAAGAUAGAUGGAGUACAGCUGACUCAACAGCUACAGGGGAUUUGGGUUUUGCAAUGGAACAGAUAUGGUUAGUGCUCCUGCUGACGAUUAAAGUGCUUUCAGUGACUGCUCAAUUCAAUGGAUACAACUGUGAUGCUAACCUCCAUAGCAGGUUUCCCGCUGAACGAGAUAUCAAUGUUUUCUGUGGAGUACAGACAAUUACUAUGAAGAUAAAUUUUUGCACAGUUCUUUUCUCUGGCUAUUCUGAGACAGAUCUGGCGCUGAACGGGAAACAUGGUGAUGCCCACUGCAGGGGUUUCAUCAAUAACAACACCUUUCCAGCAAUGGUCAUUUUCAUCAUCAAUCUGAGUACUUUAGAAUCCUGUGGAAACACUCUAGUGGUAUCCUCAGUUCAAGGUAUCAAUGCUUAUGGAAAUACCUCAGUGGUACAGAUAGGUAAUGUUUCAGGCUAUAUUGAUACACCAGACCCACCAACGAUUAUCAGCUAUUUGCCUGGGUUGCUGUACAAAUUUAGCUGUAGCUAUCCACUGGAGUACUUGGUUAACAAUACCCAGCUUGCUUCGUCAUCAGCUGCUAUUUCUGUAAGAGAGAACAAUGGUACAUUUAUCAGCACUUUGAAUUUGUUGCUUUACAAUGAUUCAACCUACAGCCAUCAGCUCCUUAUUCCAAGUACAGGUUUACCUUUGAAAACCAAAAUAUAUGCAGCUGUAAGAGCAACCAACCUUGAUGGCAGGUGGAAUGUUUUGAUGGACUACUGUUACACCACACCAUCUGGUAAUCCUAGCGAUGAUCUCCGAUAUGAUCUUUUUUUCAGCUGUGACAAGGACCCACAGACAACUAUAAUUGAAAAUGGCAAGAGCCAAAUGGGCCGGUUUUCCUUUGAGGUGUUUCGCUUUGUGAAGCACAAGAACCAGAAGAUGUCUACGGUCUUCCUUCACUGCGUGACAAAGCUGUGCAGAGCAGAUGACUGUCCCUUUCUUGUGCCAAUUUGCAGUAACAGAGAAAGAAGAGACACUGGUGGGAGGACAACUUGGAGCCGUCAGAGCACCUCUGGCAAUGCUGUAAUCUCUGCUGGCCCCAUCAUUACAAGGAGUGAUGAGACAACAACCAACAAUUCACAGCUUGAUGGACUUCCUUUCCAGCUGAACUCAAUCACCACUGCACUGAUUUCAGGCAUUGUCAUCCUAGGAAUCACAAGCAUUUUCUUUUUUGUAUGCUCCGUAACCCUUCUGCACAGAAAGUGGCCCAACCUUUCAGUCUUGACUGGCAUCCAAAACCCAGUUUUCAACUGAAACUGAUGAUUUACUUGCACUUUUUCUUUGGGGCUGCCUUUCUUGUCCAUGAAAUAUCAUUCCAUUAAAAAAUAAUAUUAAGGCAAUAGUCCAGCUGUAUCCAGCUUCUAUUCCAGCUAUUCUGUAUUUUUGUUUUGCUAGAUGAUGUGUAGGUAAGCAGCAGUAACAUUGGUAACAAUCCUAGAAAAUUACGAGAAUCUCAACUGUGUUUGUGAUCAGACUGUAUAACAUCAUGCCCAUGGGUGUGCUGACAAUAAAGCUUGUGUCUCCAGCUUCCCAGUGAGGUCUCAAAGCUGAAAAUACUCAAGGUGAGAAUCUUUACGAGCAUGUCAUGCUUGCAAUAAAGCUGACACAUUCAGAAACUUUCUUAAGUCCAUACACACCUACUAAAAGGAUAACUUUUAUUUUGUCAUGGUAUUUUUCACAGAUCUGAAGGCACUUAUGUCUCAAGAGGACUUUGUUUUAGUUUAUCUUGGCUAA